AAAAUCUUGUCACACUGGUACUCUGUGACCAAAACAGAACUUCACAAAAGUUGAAGAAACGAGUCAAACAGGCUGUAAUGUUUUAAAAUGGUAUUGUGCACCUGUGUGUGUGCCACAACAGAGCCAAACGAGUGCAAUUAUAUUAUUAUCAGAAGUGAUGGCACAAAUGAACCAUGUCCUGCUAUAAUGAAUCAAAAUAAGUGUAGUGUUUCGAAGAGAAAGUGUCCUGAAAACGAAGAAUUGUCUUCAAUGACGUGGAAAAGGUUGAACUUGCAAGCGACUGGAGGAUGCGCACGCGCUGCGGCCCUGGCACUGCUUCUAGUUAUCCUUGCGGUCAGUACGAGCCUUUUGUACGGAUUACUGAUUUUCCAAAAUGCAUUUUGGAUGACCUUUUUGAAAAUUUAAUAUUAUAGUAAAAUGAAUUAAACAAACAUAAAUUCAUAACAGUAUAUUGCAUAUUUGUCAACACAUUUAUUAUACAAAAUUUACAUUUAACUAAUUUGGUUAACUAAGUAUUUCUCAUGUGUCAUUAUGUGUGCAUGUUUCACUUAUUUAUAAAUGAAGCUUUAUAAUACCAUUUUACCAAAGAUCUUUGCUUAGUUUUCGGUUGUUAAUAGUUAUAUAGCUCACGUCCCACCUGGUGGUGGCUACUGAAAUCCAUAAACAAAAGUCAAUAGUGCUGGCCAAGGAUGAAGGCUCAGGUUUCCCAUUUCUAUUAAAUUACCAAUAGGACAGCUGACUUAAUCUAAUUUCAUUAUAGAAAUUCUUUUGUAAAAUAAAUGUGUUAUCCAAAAUUAAUAUAAAUUAAUUUGUAAAUCUGUUCAGAAAUUGAUAGCUUAAAACAUCUUGAAAUCUAGUAGUGGGGGCACUUAACAAAAAUAAGAUACUUUUCCAUGUUUAUAAUGCUGCUUUGGGAAUUAUAAAUGUUUGGAAUUAGCUUGUGAACUACAUAAAGACUUAUUUUUUUAAAAGAGUUUGUUUUUACACAUAAAAAGAAACAUUUUUAAAAAGGUUUUUUUUUUUCAUAAUAAAUUAGCAAUGAAUGCAUAUAUUAUAAACCAAUAAUCUGAAGCAAAAGGCAGGCAUUCAGAAUCAAAUGCCAACAAAAAUCUGCCUACAUGACAAUGUAAAGCUGAAAUGAAUAUUCUUUAUUUUGUUUUUAAACAUUAUUUGUAAUUGUGCUUCAAUACUAAAUGUGGAGAUCUAAAAGCUGCGUUUCUUUAAUCUGUGCUUACAAUAUAAUUCUGAAUUUCUAAAUUCUUAGUGCCUAAAAUCAUGGCUAGUGGGGCAUGUGGUACAUCCAGCAUCAUCCUGUCUCUUUAUGAAGUAAAUUAAAAUUUUGGGACUAACUAUUUUUUUUAACUGUAAUUUUUUUUUCGUGAACUUCAUUUGUUUUCCUCAUACCACAGCACUAUGAAUUUAUAAAAUGUGGGGAGUGAGGUGAUAUCUAGUUUUGAACCUGAACAAGCAAUAUAUUAAAUUAUAUUUUUUGUAUUUUAAGUAAAAUAUAAUAUAUAUUUAUUGCUUCCCAAGGUGUUUCCCAUUAUAUUUUAAAUGCCUUAUCGUUUCUUCAAACCAAUCAUGGGGAUCAUUGGAGGGGAAAAAAGAACUUGGAAAGAAAAAACUGAAGUCGUCAUGGCCUAAAGGAUAAGAUGUCCAGUGCAUUCAUAUCUAGCGAUGCAACAGUGUUCAAAUCCUGCAGGCGGGCACCAACUUUUCAUUAGAAAAAUUACGUACUUAACGAAUGUUCACGAUUGACUUCCACGGUGAAGGAAUAACAUCUUGUAAUAAAAAUGAAACCUGCAAAAUUAUAAUUUGCAUAAUUACUGGUGGUAGGACCUGUUGUGAGUGCACACGGAUAGGUACCACCGCCUUAUCUAUUUCCGCCAUGAAGAUGUAAUGCGUUUCGGUUUGAAGGGUGGGGCAGCCAUUGUAACUAUACUGAGACUUUAAAAGUUAUAUCUCAAGAUGGGUGGCGCAUUUACGUUGUAGAUGUCUAUGGGCUCCAGUAAACACUUAACACCAGGUCGGCUGUGAGCUCGUCCAUCCAUCAAAGCAAUAAAUAUAAAAAAGACAAACCUGUUCAUCACACUAUGUUUGCCCGACAUUGGAAUUGAACCCACAACACGCGGCGCAACAGUCAGGGCCAAUAGCUACUGCACCACCGAGUUACUCAACGAUUGCUUGCACAGAUCACAUCAGAAGGAAUUCACUGAGCCUCUAAAGAUGCUUGGACCGUAAAAAAAACCACUACCCGCUUUUCAUGUCAAAUCGUCAUAAGGGUCCCUCCCACUUAAUAUUUUUUUUCUGGGCUGGUAGCCGAUCCUUUACGAGGUCCCCGCACCUAGGGCGUGCGCGCGCUAUGUGGGACCGGAGAGUACGCAGAUGCUAGGAGAGGACCGUAGUAGAGUACGUCAAGCACGAAAAUCUAUCGAAUUUGUAAUGCGAAUGUCUCGAGUCCUCGAUACGAAAACGGAUCAUAAGAUUAAAUGGUAGUACUGGAUAGCCAGCCUUCGAGAUUUACGUUACCGUAUGUCCAAACAAUUUUCGUGCCCUCGAUUAAGAGUAUAAGUUUCGAGAACGUGACGCGUCGAUUGCGAAACGAAAAUAGCGAUACGAAUACUUUUUCGAUAGUCAUUCGUGCUCGUCCCUCAGGUCAGUCUUCGUAAUUUGAAAUACGACUGAACUUGAUCACACAAGUGCAUGACGAGGUGCGGCUCGUGUGCCGACCUGGUGAUCGAGAUCCCGGGCUCCGGCGCGGGCGAGGAUGGAGACAGCGUGAGCGGCUUGUACCGGCUAGACUACCGGCCGCCCGAGGGCACGCCCGCCCCGAACCACACCGUCCCCGCGCGCGCCUCUACCAUUAACUUUCAAGGCCUGCCCGGCACCAAGUAUCAUUUCAUGCUCUACUACUCCAACUCUACCUUCCCUGAUUUGCUCACCUGGAACCAAACGAUAAUUACGGCGCCGGAGCCGCCAACGAACUUGACGGUGACCUUGGGCCGCAACAAGCAAGCCACCAUAUCCUGGUCGCCACCCACCCAGGGUAACUAUACGGGCUUUCGUUUUAAGGUGAUCCCGCUGACGGAGCGCGCGGAGGGCGGCCAGCGCAACAUCACGGUGGAGCGCGGCAACGACACGCACGUGCUGCGCGACCUGUUCCCCGGCGCCACCUACCAGCUGCACGCCUUCACGCUGCUGCACGACAAGGAGAGCGCCGCCUACGCCUCGCGCAACUUCACCACAAAGCCUAACACGCCCGGCAAGUUCAUCGUGUGGUUCCGCAACGAGACCACGCUGCUGGUGCUGUGGCAGCCGCCCUACCCGCCCGGCGCCUACACGCACUACAAGGUGUCGAUCGAGCCGCCCGAUGCUCGCGACUCGGUGCUAUACGUGGAGAAGGAGGGCGAGCCGCCCGGCCCCGCCCAGGCCGCCUUCAAAGGUCUGGUGCCCGGGCGGGCCUACAACAUCUCGGUGCAGACCGUCUCCGAGCCCGAGAUCUCGGCGCCCACCACCGCCAAGUACCGCACCGUGCCGCUGCGGCCGCGCAACGUGACCGCGCCGCCCGACGACCUGCGCGAGACUGCCUUCCGCGUCACGUGGCUGCCGCCCCUGGAGGAGAGCGAGUUCGAGAAGUACCAGGUGUCGGUGUCCGGGGGCGGGGCGGCCCGCCGGCUGAGCCCGCUGCUGCUGGGCCGCGACGAGGAGCCGUCCUGCUGGUUCAGGCGGCUGGACCCGGGCGCGCACUACUCGCUCACCGUCAAGACCAUGGCCGGGAAGGUGACCUCCUGGCCCGCCGCCCUCGACCUCACGCUCAAGCCGCUGCCGGUGCGGCGCCUGCUGGUGAGCUCGGCGGAGGGCGGGCUGGGCGUGGCGUGGCAGCCCGCCGACGGCAGCGCGCAGGACGAGUACAAGGUCUCCUACCACGAGGCGGGCCCCUCGCGCGACGACAGCAACACGCUGACCACCACCGACACCAACGUGACGCUGGACGCGCUGCUGCCCGGCCGCAACUACACCGUGUCCGUGCGCGCGCUGUCCCGCGCCGUGGAGUCCAACGAGACCUGGGGCUGGGGCGCCACGCGGCCGCUGGCCCCCGUGGUGGUGCGCGUGGAGGCCGCCGCCGCCGCCCUGCGCCUGCACUGGCGCUCCGACGUCAACUCGCGCCAGACGCGCUACGUGCUGCGCUACCGGGCGCGCGUGCCGGAGCCCGGGCCGCCGGCCGAGUGGCGCCAGCUGCGGACCGAGGACACCAGCGCGCUGCUGGCCGACCUGUUCCCGGGCGCCGUGUACGAGAUCGAGCUCGCCGCCAUGAGCCACGACCUGCCGAGCGAGGCGCACCGCAUGCUCAAGCCCGUGCGGCCGCUGGCUGCCACCCGCCUGUGGGUGGAGCGCGCCUCCUCCAACAGCGCGCUGGUGCAGUGGCGCGGCCCGCCGCCCGCCCGCAGCGUGCUGGGCCACUACGCGCUGCGCUACCGCACGCUGUCCGCCGCGCGCUUCACCGAGCUGGACCUGCUGCCGCCCGACGCCGCGUCCGCCGAGAUCACCAACAUGACGCACGGGGAGCGCUACGUCAUCCAGCUGGACACGGUCAGCGAGCCCGGCGACGGCGGCGAGGUGGUGGAGAGCGGGCAGCCGCUGUACGCCGAGCACACCAUCCGUCCCAACCCGGUGUCCGAGGUGGCGCAGCUGGUGGGCACCCGCAACGUCACGCUCGAAUGGCUGAACGGCUCCGGACGCGUCGACCGGUACGAGGUGCGCUGGUGGCCCACGGACCACGCCGAGCUGGCCGGGCUGGAGGGCACCGACGAGGACUCUGCGCGGGGCGCGGCGGGCGGCGAGCGGGCCCGCAACCUCACGGCGCCGCCGGCGCUGCUGGCGGGGCUGGCGCCGGGCGUGGGCUACACGCUGACCCUGGCCGCGCACUCCUACAACCUCACCAGCGACCUGCUCACCAUACACACGCGAACACGUCCGCUGAUCCUGUCCGAGAUGACCAUCGUGAACGAGCCCAGCGACGACGAGGAGGCGCCGCCCGGCAUCAUCGUUCUGUUCACGCCGACGCCGAGCUCCGCCACGCGCUUCGACCAGUACCGCUUCCUGCUGGAGGGCGCCGCCGACGAGCCGCCGCGCGACGCCGCCCUGCCCGCGCAGCCCGCGCCCCCCGCGCCGCGCCGCGUGCACUGGCCCGGCCUCGUGCCCGGCCGCCUCUAUGACGUCACCAUGUGGACGCUCAGCGCCAACGUGACCUCGCACCCCGUGCAGCGCCAGACCAGGCUGCACCCGCGGCCCGUGCGCGCGCUCAACACGACGCGCGUGGGUGCGCGGUUCGUGACGCUGACCUGGGAGCGGCCUGGGGGCGACCACACUGACUUCGAGCUCCAGUAUUUCGCCGACGAACAAGUCCGCACCCUGGUCACCGACCGGCUGUCCAUCAACGCGACCGACUUGGAGCCGUACACGUCGUACGAUUUCACCGUCAGGGUGCGGUCCGGGGACGGCGGCGGCCUGCGCAUGGUGUCUCCGGAGCGCAGCGUGGCCGUCCGCACCGCCGAGGACGUGCCCGCCGCGCCCGCCGACUUCCGGCCGGCCGACGCGCGGCCCAGCUCCCUCACCAUGGCGUGGCGGCUGUCGGCGGCGCAGGCCCACGGACUGCUGCGCCGCUACGUGCUCACGUACGCCCCGCACGGCCGCCCCGAGCUCACGCGCUCGCUGGAGCUGGCGGCGGAGGCCACGCGCGUCACGGUGGAGGGCUUGUCGCCCGGGGUCACGUACGAACUGAGUCUGCACGGGGAGACGGGCGCCGGCCCGGGGGCGGCCGCGCACUGGACGCAGCACAUGGCCAUCGGCGCGCCGCCCGCCCCGCCGCCGGACGUGGCGCCGGCCGCCGUGCGCGCUACCACCACGACGGUCGUGGUGCGGUUCCGCUCUGACUACUUCUCGGCAGUCAACGGCAACGUGACCGCGUACACGCUGGUGCUGGCGCAGGAGAACCGCUCGGAGACGCCGGCGCGGCUGCCGUCCUGGCGCGACGUGCACGCGCUGCCGGUGUGGCCGCCCUACCAGGUGACGGAGCCCUACUACCCGUUCCUGUCGUCGCCGGUGGAGGAGUUCACGCUGGGUUCGGAGCGGUGCGAGGGAGGGGGCCGGGCAUACUGCAACGGUCCGCUGAAGGCAGGCACGCGAUACUUCUUGAAGCUGCGCGCCUUCACCGCGCCCGACAAGUUCGCCGACACCGCCUACGUCGCCGUGGCCACGGAGGUGGACAACACGGCGUGGAUCAUCGGCGGCAGCGUGUGCGGGCUGGCGGUGGCGGGCGCGGCGCUGGCGGCGCUGGCUGCCUCCCGCCGCCGCCGCCGGGCCGCGCGCGCACCGGCCGCGCCCGCGCCGCGCCGCACCUCCCGCCCCGUGCGCGUGGCGGACUUCAUCGACCACUACCGAGCCAUGUCCGCCGACUCCGACUUCAAGUUCAGCGAGGAGUUCGAGGAGCUGAAGGACGUGGGCCGCGAGCAGCCGUGCACGGCGGCCGACCUGCCCGUGAACCGUCCCAAGAACCGGUUCACCAACAUCCUGCCGUACGACCACUCGCGCUACAAGCUGCAGCCCGUCGACGACGAGGAGGGCUCCGACUACAUCAACGCCAACUACCUGCCCGGGUACAACUCGCCCCGGGAGUUCAUCGUGACGCAGGGCCCGCUGCACUGCACCCGGGACGACUUCUGGCGCAUGUGCUGGGAGUCGGGCUCGCGCGCCGUCGUGAUGCUGACUCGCUGCGUGGAGAAGGGCCGCGAGAAGUGCGACCGGUACUGGCCCUACGACACGCGGCCCGUGUACUACGGGGACAUCGCCGUGACCGCGCUGAACGAGAGCCGCUACCCCGACUGGACCGUCACGGAGCUGCUGGUGAGCCGCGGCAAGGAGCAGCGCGUGCUGCUGCACUUCCACUUCACCACGUGGCCAGACUUCGGCGUGCCCGAGCCGCCCACCACGCUGGCGCGCUUCGUGCGGGCCUUCCGCGAGCGCUGCCCGGCCGACGGCCGCCCCGUGGUGGUGCACUGCAGCGCCGGCGUGGGCCGCUCCGGCACCUUCAUCACGCUGGACACGGCGCUGCAGCAGCUGGCGGCGCGCGACGACUACGUCGACAUCUUCGGCAUGGUGUACAACAUGCGCCGCGAGCGCGUGGCCAUGGUGCAGUCGGAGCAGCAGUACAUCUGCAUCCACCAGUGCCUCGUGGCCGUGCUGGAGGGCCAGGACCUGACGCCCCCGCACAACAACAACCACCACCACAACCCGGCCUUCGAAGGUAACAGUGAUCCCAGCGCGCGUGCGGCCCCGACGGCGCCCCCGCUGCAGUGACUGCGGGCGCGGCGGCGGGCGCGGUGGCGGGCGCGGUGGCGGGCGCGGUGGCGGGCGCGGCGGCGAGCGCGAGGCCACGUGAGCACCACGCCCCUCUGUCUCUGCUCGCUUGCAAUCUUCCUUCCGCAGUCUUACCAUACUGAUAAAAUGUUCAACAUUAAGAAUUUCUGAGAUGCAAAUAAUGAUAUUACAAAAUUUCAUCUUAUGGCGGAAAUUACCACAGCAUACAAUAUACUUGACAGAAGCUUGAAUCCCGCUCACGACACUUCCAAGUUAAGCCGCCGCCCGCCCCCGGGCCGCCGCCGGGGUCGCCUGAGAGAACCCUCCCUUGGUACCUGCUCCGAUAUGUUCCUUGACUUGUACUUAUUAACCAGAUAAUAGCAAUAAUAUCAAGUGGAAUGGAUAAAUAUGAUCUAUUCCUAAAAAUACAAUGUAAUAAAUUAUAGGGAACAAGUAAAUCGUGUUAGUCGCCCUCCCCGCCCCAGGAGAGCCGCCCUCGGUCACAUAUUUUCUGUGAAUAAAAAAUUACGUAGUGCUUCAGUUGCUUGUGGGAGGCAGCGGGGGCGGGGCGGGGCGGGCGGGGGCGGCGCGGGGACGGUCGGCGAUAUAACAAGUUCUAACUUUUACUGAUCUGACCGCCUAAUUUUUGUUUGUCUGAAUUUGAAUACAAAUAUUAACAACAUUCUAUUCUAUAUGCACUUAUGAGUUGAAAAAAUGUGCUGAAAUUCGUUCAAAUGUCGGUGCAAUGCAAAUUUAAAACAAAAGUAACUGCAUCGUAAUAUGAAUAUGGUUUUGAUGUGGUGCAUGCGCCGUAGUGAUGAGUGCAUGCGCCUGUGCACUCGCGACGCCGGAGUGUCCCCCCUCCCCCUCCCCGGUACUAACGCUUGGAUCCUUCCGCAGACGACGAGGGCAUCGCGGAGUCCGGGAUGUGACCGCGCGGACAGCCGCAGCCGCGCCCGCCUGCUGCCCCGGACUUGUAUUCAUGCAAUAUAAUAUAAUGACGGACCAAUCGCUCGUGUGCGUGCAACUUUAGGAAAUAGGCAGCUUUUUUGUUGAAGUCGGCGGAGACGAGAUAUGUAUUUGUAAACGAUUACUGUUUAUUGACGUUUUUAUAAUAUUUAUAUAGCUUUUACUUGAUCAUGACACGGACCCGCCGCACCCGGCAGCUUCGGACACGGUGCCUAUGAAUCUCAAACUCGUUUUGUACUUAAAUUGCUCAAUGAUACUUCGAGGCUGAUAACUGUACUUAAGCGAUUGUGAUGACGACAGGGCGCGCAAUGCCGCCACACUUCGGUCAUUCUCAUAAUUUAGUUGUAUAUGCAUAACGCACAACCGCACUCACGUGGAGCUCACGGGGGCGCACCGAGGCGCACAGAAGCCACCCGCACGCCACUCUCAUGAUAAUGUUCAAGUUGCGCACACUUGUACUUAGUUACUAACUAGAGAGUAGAAGUGACGUUUAGUCCGUGAGCCCCGCGCGCGUGACGUCACCUGCGGAGGGACCGCCCUCCUUGUCAUUUUGUGAACACUAGGAGUUUGUAUUUGCUUAUUAACUUAAAAUUAGGAUUUAUUUACAUGGUUGAUGGGAUAUUAAAUAAUGUAAUGUAGUGAGUUCCGAGUGUUGAGGCCUAUGUUUAAUUUUAAAUAUAAAAAUGAAGUUGCACUUCCGCCGGCUCGCACGCCGGCGCUCUCACCGGCGGGCCGCAACACGACGUCAGCUAUUCGACUACCUCGAGGCAGCUCCCGCUCUAAACUAAUAAUUACUAUAUACUAAUAUACUGACGAAAAUGUGCUCGCACCGGGGACAAUAUUUCCAAGAUCGAUUGAGUGACUAUUUUAAGUACACAAUAUAUAAUACACUAUGUAUCAGAUGCCUCGUCAUAAACAGGAUCCUGUGCGCUCUGCGAUAACGAAAUGUACUUUGUCGAAUCUGUAACUCUAAGCAGAGUCGUCACAACACGGGACCAGAAAUGUAAUGUUACUUUAAUCAGAACGCAUCGAGGCGACCCCUCGCACCCGCUGGUUUCGGAAAUAAAGAACCGAUGGUUA